AAACUCAAUUAUUUUUGUAUGUGUACAGCGGAUGAGAAAUAUCAAAUAAAUAUCAGGAUAACCACAAGUAAGGUGAUAUGGCAAUGCCACUUGCACAUUUUCUUCAUGGCCCCCUACUCUUUCAUACCAAUAAUAUAACCUUCCCUACCUGUUUACCAUUAAAAUCUCAUCACUCUGCUCUCACCACUCUCAAAUCCUUGCCAGUAGCAACUGAAAUGGCAGCUAAAUCGUACGAGGAAGAGUUCCCAGUGAAGGCCUUUGGAUGGGCAGCUACUGAUACCUCUGGGCUUCUCUCUCCUUUCAAGUUUUCCAGACGAGAAACGGGUGAAAAAGAUGUGCAGUUCAAGGUUCUGUAUUGUGGCAUCUGCCACUCUGAUCUUCACCAGAUCAAGAAUGAUUGGGGCAUCACCACUUAUCCAAUUGUACCUGGACACGAAAUUAAUGGCGUGGUGACUGAGGUUGGGAGUAAGGUGGAGAAAUUUAAGGUUGGAGACAAAGUUGGAGUUGGCUAUAUCGUAGGCUCUUGUUGCAAAUGCCAAAACUGCGAAAACAAUUUGGAAAAUUAUUGUCCCAAAAACGUAACAACUGCCAACGGCAAGAUUAAUGGCACCGUGACAUAUGGUGGUUACUCCGACAUCAUGGUUGCUGAUGAGCGGUUCGUCGCACGUUGGCCGGAAAACUUGCCCAUGGAGGCUGCUCCGCUAUUGUGCGCCGGAAUCACCACUUAUAGCCCCUUGAAAUACUACGGACUUGACAAGCCAGGGAUGAGCAUUGGGGUUGUGGGUCUUGGAGGGCUGGGCCACUUGGCGGUUAAGUUUGGGAAGGCUUUUGGAAUGAAGGUGACAGUGAUUAGCACCUCUGCUAGUAAGAAGCAAGAGGCUAUUGAGCAUCUGGGCGCAGACUCGUUCUUGAUUAGCCGUGACCCCCACCAAAUGGAGGCUGCAAUGGGCACGUUGGAUGGUAUACUCGACACGGUUUCUGCUUCUCAUCCUGUUCUGCCAUUGCUAAGUUUAUUGAAGACAAACGGGAAGCAUGUGAUGGUGGGUGUACCAGACAAGCCACUUGAACUCCCAGUUGCUCCCUUGAUUACAGGUAGGAAGAUGUUGGGUGGGAGUAGCGUUGGAGGAUUGAAGGAGACACAGGAAAUGCUUGAUUUUUCUGCAAAGCACAACAUAACACCGGAUGUUGAGGUAGUUCCCAUGGAUUAUGUGAACACUGCCAUAGACCGCCUUAAAAAGAACGAUGUUAAGUAUAGGUUUGUAAUUGACAUUGGACAAACAUUAAACGCUGCUUAAGGUGCACAAUUUGGUUUUCAUGUUAGCUCGUAACAGAAGCUUAUAAGCUUUCCUAGAAACCAAGUGUGAGAGGUUUAGUGUUCUCAGAGUUGUGGCUGUGUUCACAUCCUUUUGUUGUAGGGAGGUUAAUCGUCUUAUUAAACACGAUGUAUCAUUGUAACCCCUUAAAGUUUUACAAGAAUAAAGUUAUGGAUCACUUGCUGUUACU